ACGAUAUUGUAGACGUUGCGGAGGUAAUUAUUCCAACAAUGUCCUCAGUUGAGUCUUUGAGAGAGUUUGUCACCGAGCGACUCACUGCCGCUGCUCAAGAAAUAUUCGGAGUCUUUGAAAAAACUAUCUUCCAGUACGAGGAAGAGGUCGACCGUCAGCGCAGACUGCUGGAUGUCGUUUGGAAACCUGCAAUAAAGCUACACAGGAUAGAGCUCCCAAAGCAACAUGUCUGUGAGGAGGAGGAGGUUCUCUCUGACCAGCAGCUCUGUGUUCAGGAGAGGAACUCCAGUCUGGACCAAGAGGACCCAGAGCCUCCACAGGUUAAAGAGGAACAGGAGGAACCCUGCACCAGUCAGGAGGGAGAGCAGCUUGAACUGAAGCAGGAGACUGAGACCUUUAUGUUGACUCCUAGUGAUGAGGAAAGUGACCACAGUAAAGAUCAGACUCUGAACAUGAGUAACGAUGAAAAUCAGAGUAUGGUGGAAGAAACACCUCUAGGCUACACUUCAGUUGAAAGCUCUGUAGUACCGGAACCAAACGAGGACCACCAGCUCCUCUCACACAACUCUCAUGCAGAUAAAAGCCAAGAUCAGAAAGGAGGCGAGCAUGGAUCCUCUGAAUCCACUAGUAAUGCAGAGCCAAAACCGUUACUCCAGUGCGACACAUGUGGGAAAGAAUUCAAGUUUAAGUCUAGUUUUUACAGACAUCUGAGAACACACACAGGUGAGAAGCCACAUUCUUGCAACGUAUGUGGGAAACGAUUCAGUCAGAAAGCAACAUUGAAACCUCAUAUGAAAAUCCACACAGGUGAGAACAUGAAGCCACAAAAUUCUUGCAAAACAUGUGAAAAGACUUUUCCAUCUAAUAGUCAGUUGCUGGUCCACAUGAGAAAACACACAGGUGAGAAGCCAUAUUCUUGCAAUGUAUGUGGGAAAGGAUUCAGUGUGAAAUCAUCAUUGACCUUUCACAUGAAAAUCCACACAGAGGAGAACUUCAAGCCACAUUCUUGCAAAACAUGUGGAAAAGAUUUUCGACAUAGUGGUAACUUGGUGGUCCACAUGAGAACACACACAGGUGAAAAGCCAUAUUCUUGCGAAACCUGUGGAAAAGAUUUUCGACAUAGCAGUGUCUUAUUGGUUCACACGAGAAGAGCCCACAAGGGGGAAAAACCGUUCAUCUGCAAGACCUGCGGGAACAGAUACUUAGCUGCGUUUCAAUUGGCAAGGCAUGUAAGAUGGCAUACAGACAAGUAGCCUUGUAGUUGGAAGAUACAUGGGAGCUCACUCAGUUCUUGAGUUAAUAAUUCCUGCAAAUGUUUGACCAAUUAGAUUUUUCUUUUGGUUUUAGAAUUGGUAUAUACUUCAGUAAUAUGAGUGGAUUGUGAACACAGAUGUUUAGCUUGAGAAACACUCUGUAUUGUUGAGUCAGUUAUGUUGUCAUCAUUACAAUGAGACAACUUUUCUUUUUUGUCUACAAUGUGUCAUUUAUUUUAUAUUUUUAUUUUUUGGGGGGAUUUUAUUGGUGGCACAGAAACAAAAAUUGUAGAUGGAGUGCUACAUGGUGCUGUCACAAAUCAGCCAAAGCAAUAGUAAUGAAAAGUGAAUGAAUUGUAAUGAUCAGUGCUCAAAGGGAAGUGAGCAAUGAAACUGUUUUUUGAUCUCAUGUAUGUAUUCUAACAACAAAGCUUCAUGAGGUGAUGACCAGUCAUUGUGAAGAAUUGUUCUUUUACGAGUGUUAAGUUAUACCAUGCAAGAGGUGUUUUAAUGUUGCAAAUCACCGGCUUUAGAUGGUUCAUUUUUGAUUUAAUACCGUAGCUGAUGCAUAUCAAUAGUUUGAGCAGUGGAGCUGCCUCGAGUUGAACAAGCUGUGGUGGAAUGUAACUGCAUGUACGCAAAUGCUGUAUUGAUGAACCUGGAAGCAUUACACUGCUAUUAUUUUUCUACUAAUGGACAUUAAACUCUGAAACCAAUCUCUACGCACGCUUUACCCAACCUUAUGUUUUGUGUUCAAAAUGUAUGCAUAUUUCUUUUCUGUUCAGUGUUGACCUAUCUGGGCAUUUACUGGCAAAAUAAUAGCCUUUAGCUGAUAGGAAGUGGUUCAAACUGUGGUGGUACAGACUUAAAUAUUGCCGAUUUGUUCACUAACGACUUUACAUUCUGUAACGAGGAGGAGGUUCUUUUUAUGUUGACUACUACUUAUUAGGGUGUUUGUAUACUUCAAUAAA